CUAGUCGAAAACAUUAUUCUGUCAGUACCAACGUCCCGGGAACAUAUAAGGAGAAAGGUAGGUAGUUUCUCGGGCGGAGGUAGGAUAGGAAGGAGAAUAAUUUGACAUAGUUCUAUAUCUACUAUUACUCACCCUAGUGUUUCCCCGGUUCUCUCGCUACUGUAUCAUCUAUAGAUGAGAUAGAAGUGGGCGGGGGAGAACAAGAGAGUUAGGUACCUAGCCGGCCGUGUGUCGCGGAGGGAAAGGGGGAAAAUACACACGAGCAGACGGGCGGACGGACGCUUACAUUCAGACGUGACUGAUUUGCAUGUGCGUUCCCGUCGAGACUGAACUAGGAGACGGGAAGGGCAAAUUAGGGGCACAGCGGUCUUUCUCUAAACCAUAUUUUCUUCUUCUGCGCUUGGUGCGAUGUAGCCACUGUAUCCAUUGUGUACUAACCUAUCUACCUAUCUACCUACCUACCUACAUACCUACCUACCUACGUAUCGGUAGGAAGAAAUGGCAACUUCAACGACAGCGUCGUCGUCGUUCAAGAGGUCGACGCUGUCACAUGCGCAGAAGUCGGUGCUGGCUAUGUCCCGCGCCCAGUACCUUGAGGCCAUCCGUGCCACGCGGCCCGCUGACAAGCUGUACGUGGGCGUGUGCAUCUUCCGCAUGGACGCACAUAGCUCCCGGCCCUCGGUCUUGUUACUCCGACGGUCGGAUACCCCCGAGGCGGCGCCGUACGCUAAAUCCCCUGUUACCCCUGGUUCUCCUACUACCACAACCACAACCACCAUCGCCACCACUACUACCACUACCACUACUUCUACUGCUGCUGCUUUUAGUACUUCCCCCUAUUCUCGAUGGCGCCGGCAGCACCAUAAACGAGAUGACAACGGCGUGGGGAGGGAAGUGGAGGGAGAAGGGGAAUAUUGGACUAGACGCAACGGGGGCAUGUGGGAACUCCCGGGGGGUAAGGUGCGGGACGGGGAUUUCUGCAUCUCGGCGGCCGUGGCGGGGCGCGUGGCGGAGCAGACGGGACUUCGUGUUGUGAGGGUGCUCGGGGCUCUGCAGGACGUGAGGCGGGUUGCUGAGGUGCGGAUCUUGGACUGGGACGACGACGGCGUGGGGAUAUUUACCGCGGGCGGGAGGGGUAGUGGGAAUUUAUCUGUGCUGGAUGGGGCGACGCUGACGUCGGGUACGGGAUCGCCUGGUAGUGGUAGUGGUAGUUUCGGGGGGAGUAGUGGGUAUGGGUAUGGGAGUGGGAGUGGGAAUGGGAGUAGUAGCGGUUGGAACGGUGGUGCGGGUGGGAUAGGGGGGAGAGGAGGAGUAGGAGGGUCUAGGGGUAGCAGUAGUGGUUCGUCGCAGUCACGAAGGUCGCCGAUACAUAAUCCGCAACUAGUCCUGCGGAAGGAGUAUCUACAGCUUAACUACGCGGUGCUGGUGCAGAAUCACGACGACUUGGCUGUGAAGUCGCCGGAGCAUGACGGGUUGGUGUGGGCGAGCUUCAGCCGUGCCGAGGCGCUGCCUAUGCCGGAGGAGCUGAGGACUGUUGUGCAUCAGGGGCUGGCGUUUGCGGGGGAGUAUUUGUUUUGAAGGGGGGUUUGGCUGGUUUAAUUUGAUAUAACUAUUGUCUUUGUGUUAUUUUACUGUCCUUUACACACGUAGUUACGGUAUCAAGGGGUCUGAAUGUAUGUGGGAUUGGGGUUGAGAUGUUGUAUAUAGACAGCUUAUAUUAGUUACGUAAAAGUCUCGCAGAUAAGUGAUUUAUAUAAGGGCCCGUCCCCUUUAC